UGAUACCUGGCUCUUCCGUGCUGAAUAUCUUGCGUCGUCGCGUGUGCGCGCGAGCACGAGCGCAUGCACGAGCAUGUCUGACGUCUCAGAAUUCUCGCGUCACCAUCGACCUCAAGCUUUACCCUGUAGGAACGUAGACGAUCGGACGGCAAUUAGUAACGCGCGAAACGCCAUUCACGUUGCACGUUUCGUUUGUACGUAUGUAACUUUCGAUUCGAAUUCGUGACUUUUCUCCUCUUUUUCCGUUUUUUCUUUUUUCUUUUUCCUCCUUUUUUCUAUCCUUUUUCUUUCUUUAUCUGUCUAAAUAUAUCCAUCCAAGAUUUAUGGGAACACAGUUUCUUCGUAAAAACGACAUAACUGAUACAACAUCGGUGACGCUCACAAUACUUAUGUUAAUUAGCAGGAACGAUUUAUUUUCUUGCGAUAGCCGUGCGAGUUUGAAUAGUUGCGCGUGGCGCGAAACAACGUACGAGGCUAAAUACAUACGUGUAUGUGAUCGCGGUUGUACAAAAAAUCCGGAUAAAAAAUUUAGUCGAUUGCAACAUCUCGGAAAGGAAUGAAUUCCUUCGAUAAUUAUGACAGGACGAAUCUGUCGGAGGUUUGUUCCUCGGUAAUGAACUUAAACGAUGAAAACGAAAAUAACGAUCACUUUUUAUGGAAUAUGGAUACUCCGGUUAACAAAAAAGAUGGCUCGAUUUAUAAUUCAUACGAACCUAAACGAAAAAGAUGUUCCCUCGGUGAAAAGGAGGAUAUCGAUGGAACUGGCUGGUGCGGAAAACCGAUCAAAAGUUGGUGUCAAGAGGAAACGAUAAGUUGGCUAAUGUCAGCCGCAUCUUCUAUAGGACUACCAUACAGGUCUAUCCAGCAGAGUCUUGCGGUUUCUGGGGAACAACUUGCUAUGAUGACACGCAAUGACUUCCUUUUUCACGAUCCGAUCUACGGGGAUAAAUUAUAUUGCCAUCUUCAUUCUCAACGUAUUUCGAAUUCACUCCCACCAUUCGAGGCUAUACAUUCGCAUUCUGAGGACGAUUUGGCUCAAAUGUCGUCCAGCGGUGUCUCUGAUACAGAAUCAGAUAAUUGUAUGAAAAUCACGAUGAAACGACCACCGGGAAGGCCAAAAAUGUUAAAGCCGAAGAAAAAUGUCACAGGUCAAGGAAAACUUUGGGAAUUUAUUCGGGAUUUAUUACGCAAUCGAGAAACCUGUCCUAGCUUAAUUUGUUGGGAGGAUUAUUCGCAAGCUAAAUUUCGUUUCGUUAAGAGUGACGAAGUCGCGAAACGUUGGGGUUCCCGAAAAGGAAAUACAAAAAUGACCUAUGAAAAACUUAGCCGUGCCAUGAGGUACUACUACAAAAGUAAAAUAUUUCAACCCGUACUUGGUCGAAGAUUGGUUUAUCAGUUCGGCCCUAACGCAAAAGGAUGGCAAACUGACAAUCCUAAUUUCCGAUAUUGACAUAAUUACGCAUAUAGAAUUAAUUUUAAUUUCUAGAAUAUAAGAACAAGCAAAAUAAAAGCUUUUCUGCAUA